AUUUGGGUUCUUUUUGUCAGUUGCCACAGAAUUGCAUUAUUUCAACAGGAACAAUUUUAAGAUGACAUUUAAAGGUCCCUUCUGACCCAAACCAUUCUAUCAGUCUAUGAAUUCUGUGUCUUUACUGAAGUAGUUAUGACUCCCAGCUAACACAUCACACUGAACCUCAUGCAGCAGCUAUCAAGAAAGUGCUCCUGGCUGGUUUUGACCUUGAAGGAUUGUUUUUCCCCAGGGUUGUUUCUCACAGUGGCAUGGGGGCGAGCGAUGGGUAUUGGCCACUUGGGCAAGGCGAUGGCACGGGUGGUGCAGGAGAACAUGGCUGGGGUGGGCCCGUGUCUGUGCUGAGUGACCAGGAGGAUGCUGAGAUGCGGCUCCCUGGGUGACCGCUGUGCUUGGGGAUAGAGAUACCCCAGCCUGCAGUUUCUGGCAACAUUUGCCAGCAGUGAGCAUCUUUGUUCUGCUUUAAAGUUAACAUGGGUGCCCAAAUCCAACCACAAGUCCAGGUUUGCUCUGCCUGCUGCCAAUAUCAACCAGUGAAACAGCCCAGGACGUACCCCAGGUAAGGCAGAGCAGUGCAGGAGGACAGUCACAUCCCUUGGACCUUCUCUUCCGCUUCCUGAGCAUCUCGGCCACCCCACACGGGUGAUGAGGAACCAGGGGAAGUGCUGCCAAACUGGAGCUUCCAUGGGUGCCAGCAGCCAGGCAGGGGCAAGGCGAGGGAGGGUGCUCCUGUGAUUUAGGGUCUCUGAGGCUCACAUCCCCAUCCCCUUAUCUCCCUGCAGAAGGGAGGGGCAGUGGAAGGAGGGGGGGAUUUUUUCUGGUUUCACCAUAGGAAGGAUUUUCAAACCCUAUAAAUUCACUUUUGAGAAACGAAUGGCUAAAGCAGAUUAACCUUUUUGCUAAUCCUCUAUAAUGGCUUUGGAAUCUCCUUAACCAAUAAGAAAAUGAUAAGAGCCUGUUUCUUUUCUUUUUAUCUAUAUCUAUAUUGUCCUCCCUUGUCUGUGUUUUUUUUCUUUCUUGUUUUAUUUUCCUUUCCUUUUCUAAUAUGAAAUAGCCCAGCGAUCCUAUCUCUUGGAGGCUCAGUAAACAGAACAUCAAUAAUCCCUUUCCUUUAUUCCUCCCUGGUAACAGGGUGCAGAGAAGUGUCUGCCGAUUGGGAUUUGAUUACCAGCAGCUAUCAAAAGUCUCUUUGUAAGAUCUGGGUCCUAAAUCCCAUAAUUCUUUGAUAAAAGAAGUAUUACCAGUCCAUUUUCUGAAGUGAAAGGUAUGGGAGGAAUGAAAGAAAGCAAUCAGCAGAGAUCCUAAUAGGCUAAGUGCAUGUGCGGUGGGAAGGCAGGGACGAGCAGGGGAGGCCAGGGAAAGGCGUCCUUUGUUAAGGAUGGGGAAGGAGAAUUAAUCCGCUUCGGUCCUAUGAUUAUUACAGCUGAAAGAGGAAAGGGUCGGGUUCUGUGCCUGCCCACCCCACGUCCCAGCUCACCUGCACUGCAGUCCCUCUGGACUGGCACGGUGUGGGGUGCAAAAUCUGGCGCCACAUCCAUGUUAGCAUUUGGGUAUGUGAAUAAAAGCUGGGAGCAGUUUGUGAUGAUCCCUGGUGUUAGUGCAUCCCCAGUGCCUUUCUGGAACACUGAUGCCUUGGCAGGGCAGCAGAAAACAUGUCCAGACUGGGUCACUACAAAGGUAUCUUCCUCUCAAACCUACAGCAAAUAAAUGAAGAUUCAUAGAACAUGGUUAUAAUUUCUGUUAUGCCAUCAGCAUAGCUGAAGGGAGAGGCAAAUAAAGGGAUGAAAGAAAAAAAUAGUGGUUUGGUUUUAAGUAAGAUUUUACAGAGGUUUGAGGGUCAGAGGUAGUGAGGCUACGGGACAUCUCUUCUUGGCUUUGGGAGAGCAGCUGGGUGAGCAUGGGCAGGCAGAACGGAGAAAAGACAAGGGACUGAGAGGAGCUCUCCUGGAGAUGGGCUCCCCUUUCUGCAUGAUGCCAUCAGGGUUGCUGGGCUGUUCUCUAUCAAGCCAUGAGGUGCCAGGACGCCCUUUGGUACGCAGUGGUUCCACAGCACUCACCUGUGUGUCCCUUUGGUGUUCCACAAGUGGGACUGGAGUCUUCUCCACCCUGCAAAGAAACACCAAGCAGGAGAACGUUCCCUGUGUGAACUCCCGAAGCCUCGAUACCCACCUUGGCUUAAACCGCUGGAAAACUUGAGUUUACACUUUCCUAAGCAACCUGAGCUCAACCCCAGGUUCUCUGUUUUAAUCCCAGCUACUCAUUUCAGUUAUAGACUCAAGACAGAAGAUGUCCUCCCUCGUCCCACGGAUCGCACAUGCCAGGUCUUGCUGCCAGGCGCCCCCUCCCAUCCCAUGUCACUGCUCUGGGAUGCAGUUUCUCUUGCUGGACAGAAGUUGGGAACGGGACUGACAAAGCUUUGGGGACACCUGGCUGCCCCAGGGAGCCGUCCUGGCUGCUCUGGGCUCGGAGACCAGCUCCUGCCCCAGCUGCCCGCACGUGGGGCAGUGGGCAACACUCCUGCGCGUCCCAAUGCAAGCAGGGGUACGGCUCAGCUGGACAGGAGGUGGCUGCAUGCCACUAAGCUAAGCCACAGAACUGUCAUGAGCUGCCAGUAAUCUAAUUUAUUAAGGACUUUGAAUCCUUGCAAAGAGUAUGCUGGAUACAUGCAAAACAUCUGCAUUAUCACUGUGAUUAGGGCAGUGGAGGCGGGGGAAAGGGGAAGGAGAAAAAACACAAUUUCUCUGCUUUCAGCAGGAAAUAAAUCAACUUUCACAGAGAGUUCUGGCACAGCCAGAGGCUGUGCUAUCAUUAAAAAUGAUUUUUUAUUAAGCUGAACUCUCUCCUCUCUUAUAUUGUAUGAUAUGACAGCUCUCUUUUGAUGGGAAAGCUUUCAUUUGGCCAGAGAAAGGGAUAAUUUGCUUCUUUUAAGGAGCUAAUCCUCUGGUCCAUUUCUGGGCUGGGAACAGCUAUCCUCCCCCUUCCCUGGAUCGGAGGCGGCAGCACAAUGGAGAUCAUAACCACCUCAAAUCUACACCCGAGAUGGAGAAAUCAGAUUUCCUUCUCCAGUCAUUUUUGUGGGAUUAGCUAAAUCUUAGAUCCACACUAACCCUUCACAAAGCUGCCAAGAUUAGUUAGAAUUUAUUUUAUUCACAGGGGGGUUUACGGUUUUCUUUCCAAAGGGAUUAUAUCUCUCUAUAUAUAUAUGUUUAGGGUGGCUGCAGUCAUAAAGCAGCUAGGUUAGAGGCAGAGAAAGUGCAUGUAUGUAUAAAAUAAAAACUCAGCUGCACGAAUGACAGUCACUUGAAACUCCAAGACAAAGCAGCGAUCCUGGAUGACUUCGUCGGUCCAUUUUAAAAGCUACGUAAGCUGUCUUCUUCCUUGCGAGACCCCACUCCAGAGCUGACCCUGCUCAGCCUGAGCUGCCCGUUCCCGCAGCCGGCAAACGAUGUCUUCAGAGCCGGUGUCUGACACCGACGCCAGCAGGAGAGGCCUCAAGAAACCAUGUUCCUUCAGCAUCGAGGACAUCCUCUCCAGCCCAGCGGAGACAAGUCCCCAGGUCCUGGUCCCGCUGUGCCUGCGGGGCAUCUUGGACUGCGCGCCCAAGGGGCUGUGUGAGCUGGAGAGCAUCCCGGCCAGCUCCCUGCAGGAGGAGGAGGAGGAGGAGGAAGAGCUGGAAGGGACAGGCUGCAGCUGCUGCUGCUGUUCCCACACGAGCGCCCGUUCCCUGCAGGACUCGCCGAGUUGGCUGGACACCCGGUUCCCCUGGCCCAUGCGGCUCCUCCACUCGGCCGUCAGGGUCUGCAAGGGUCCCCAGGUGAACCCGAGUGAGAUGCAGACUUUCCAUCAGCUCCAGCGCCGGACGCGCCGGCACCGCACCAUCUUCACCGAGGACCAGCUGCAGGCCCUGGAGACGCUUUUCCAUCAGAACCAGUACCCAGACGUCAUCACCCGGGAGCACCUGGCGAACCGCAUCCACCUGAAGGAGGAGAGGGUGGAGGUUUGGUUUAAAAACCGACGGGCCAAGUGGCGGCACCAGAAGAGGGCAUCUGCUUCAGCGCUGAUCCUUCAAGGCACCAAGAAGCCCCUCGAGGAGAGCUGUUAGUGCUCAUAAGCUGCGUCUCAGCAGACAAACACCAAGAGCAUCCAUCUCCUGUAGCUGGCGGGUUCUGCGGGGCGGUAACCCAAAGAACUAAUGAUGCAAAAGGGAAUCUCUGUGAUUCCCAGAGGAGGAGGACAGGUAAAAGCAGGCAUGUUGCUUUCACGUCCCAGUUUCUCUUACAAACCCAAUUCAUGUGGCAAGUAACUCACCACGCGUGACCCCCAGAUGCUCCAGCAGAACCCGCUGCCCACAGCCCGCGGGGACAGAGCUGUGCGGGGUAUGUGCGUGUGCUUGGGGACAAGGGGAGCGUCCCCUGCUAGUGUGUGCUCUGUGCAGGUGGCAUCUGUGCUUGUUCUACCACUGUAGAUUUGCAAAAUACCCUGCAAAUUAAUGUUUCCUAUUUCCAGCACCUCGGUGGCAUCUGGAGUCGUUUCUGGGGUUCGGUUCUGCGGU